AUGGUUUAUGUUGCUGUAGCACUCUUCUGUUUUCAAAAGGGAACGGUUGUACUCGUUUUCCAACCAGCUGAGGAAGGAGGUGGGGGAGCAAAGAAAAUGUUAGAUGAUGGAGCACUAGAGAAUGUUGAUGCCAUCUUUGGGAUACAUGUUGCUGCUUCUUACCCUAUUGGUACGGUGGCCUCCAGGUCUGGCCCUAUUUUGGCUGGGAAUGGUUUCUUUGAGGCAGUAAUAAGUGGAAAGGGAGGUCACGCAGCCAUUCCCCAGCACACAAUAGACCCAAUCUUAGCAGCUUCCCAUAUAAUUGUUAGUUUGCAACAUCUUGUUUCACGUGAAGCUGAUCCCUUGGAUUCACAGGUAGUUACAGUUGGAAAAUUCCAAGGAGGUGGUGCAUUCAAUGUUAUUCCAGAUUCUGUUACAAUUGGUGGCACAUUCAGGGCAUUUUCAAAGGAAAGCUUUAUCCAACUUAAACAAAGAAUUGAAGAGGUUAUCACGAAACAAGCCAGCGUACAGAGGUGCAAUGCAACUGUCAUCUUCAAUGAAAAUGAGAAGCCCUUUUACCCAGUGACUGUAAAUGACAAAGAUCUGCAUGAAUUCUUCCAAAAAGUUGCAGGGGACAUACUGGGCACCCAGAACAUAUUAGAUAAGCAACCGACAAUGGGAGCAGAAGACUUCUCAUUCUAUGCAGAGGUGAUUCCAGGAUACUUCUUCUCUCUAGGGAUGAAGAAUGAGACCCAAGGAAGGUUUGAAUCAGGGCAUUCACCCAACUUUAGGGUCAAUGAAGAUGCGCUUCCCUAUGGAGCAGCAUUACAUGCAUCAUUAGCCACAAGAUACAUCCUAGAGAAACAAUCCAAACUUAAUCCGCCAAAGGGAAGCAUUCAUGAUGAACUGUGAGUGCUUAUACUGAUAUAAAGCACAGUCAGAGAUUUUGAAUUGCAUUGUAUAUUGGAUACUAGAAAAUGCAACACUUGUAAAUUGAAUUUGUCAUCGAUCAUUUAAGACAACCUAUCUCAAGUUGAACUCCAGAAUGUGCUUUUUUUUUCCCCAAGAUAAGUUUAUACUUUCAAAUAGAUGUUAAAUUUGGCUGGUCCAAAAUUUUUGAAUUUGACUAAUAUAUUGAUUAUUUUUCUGUUCAUAUUAACUUUGUGCAUGUAUGCACACGCUUACAAGUGGGGGAGGGGAUUUGUAAGAUCCAAAAGCUGGUUUUGUCACAACAUGUUAGAUCUGAUCUAGAUCCUAAUAUCCUUCAUACCUCACCCAGUCAUCACUUGUAUCCUUUGUACCUUUGCCUCGCCUUCAACUCAGAGCCAUUUCUAGCAGGAUCCUUUCCAUGAUGGCAAUGCAAGUUCUCCUUGAACUCUUGACAAAGGAUUAGGAAAGAACAUCUUUAGACUUGGACCAAGGUGGUCACUAUGCACCUUCCUUAACUCAAAAUGAUUAGUAACUUUAUUAUUAGGGUAGCACCUUAUCUUGUCGAGGGAUUAUUCUACUAGUCUUUUACCCCGCAUCCACACGGUUAUGGGAUCAUCUUUAUUUGAAACGGAUCUAUUUCAUGGUCCAAUUAUAUGUUACAAAUCUAUUUCAAGUACCAUAUCAUUCAAAAUUUUAAAUGAUGUGACACUCUAUACCGUUAGAUCCAAAAAGUCAAAAUCUUAUCUAUGAAGUGGACCCUCUCCAUUUUCAAGUGAAAUGGAAAGGAUCCUAUUCACACACACAUAUAAACACACUAAACCCACAAUUGAGUGAUCAAUGAAACAUCCUUUUUCUAUACAUCCAUACGAAGUAAGGGUAACCAAAAGAGAGUUACAUAUUAUAGGUUUAGGUUCUUGAAUCAUUUAGCUAACUUCACUAAAAAAAAAAAAAAAAAAAAAUGGAAGUUGGGUCUUCAUAUUACAAUUAGUGAUCAGGAAACUACAAACUAAAAAACCUUAGAUUAAUCUUUUAGGCUCUGGCUUGCGUUAAAAGGGUGUGAAUGAUAUUGAACUUGUGGAAAAGAGAAAGACUUGAGGAUGAAUUGGUUCCUGAUGAUAGCAGAGGAGAAAGGAGUCAAUGGGUCAAGUGACUAACAAUGGGGGUAAGUGGCAAAUAAGGGGGCUUAUUCCAAUGAAAAUUUAGGGCCCGUUUGGUAAGAGAUUUUUAAUAAUGUUAUUAUUGUUUUGUGAAAAUAAGUGUGGGUGAAAAACUUGAGGAUGAAUUGGUUCCUGAUGAUAGCAGAGGAGAAAGGAGUCAAUGGGUCAAGUGACUAACAAUGGGGGUAAGUGGCAAAAUAAGGGGGCUUAUUCCAAUGAAAAUUUAGGGCCGUUUGGUAAGAGAUUUUUAAUAAUGUUAUUAUUGUUUUGUGAAAAUAAGUGUGGGUGAAAAAGUGUGUGAAAAAACAUGCAACGUUGUUUAAACACUAAUAAUUGUUUAAACGACAGUAAUCUAAGCAAUUUAUAUAUAAUUUAUUAAAACUAGUCUCAUCACACGCGCUUCCCGCAUGCGACAAGUCUUUUAAAAAAAAUAAAAAUAAAAACUCCGUGUUUUUUACCGAAUUGUCCAUUUGUUUUGUUUCACAUAGGGAAAUAAGAGUAUUUUUUAACUAAAAAAAAAAAGAGAAAUCCAAAUAAGGAAGCCACUUAAUAAUUGUAAAGAUAAUGAAGAAAAAAAAAAUAAUGGUUAGAGUUACCAUGAGUAGCGGAGCGGAGCAGAGCGGGUGCCAAGCUUCUAUAAGGAAGCUCUACUUCAUCAGUAGGCGUCUGGACUCUAGAUCAUACUUCUCCAGUCCACGUGUUGCGCUUCACAAGUAACCGUUUACAGCAGUAAUUUAUUCAAAAAAAAAAA